CAACACGUCCUCGUCGUUUAAGUGUUUGAGUUUUCAUACGUUUAUAUGAUAAUGAACUUCCAAAAAUUUGUAUUUAUUUAAGUGUUUAUUUUAAAUGUAACUUGUAAACAUAUAAACGAGAGCUUUAUGGAGUAUUUAAGGACAAAAGCCAAAGCAGCCAAUGGGAAAACGGUUUGUUACGGAGUCGGACAUUUCUAAAGGAUGCAAAAGUGGGCCCUCGCAGACCUACAUCCACGGUUCAGGAAAUUAUUAUUACUCCGUUUAUUUUCCCCGUUACGUGUGUCGGCUUGGCUUUGCAGUGUUUUGUAUAGGCGGCUCGUUUCUCUAAGAAGGGAUUCAUGGUCCCCCAACAGCCUCACCAAUGAAGAAGAAGCCGUCUAAUCCAAUGCGUCCCAAGCGCAGAAGCCAGGUCAGCACCAGCAAUGACUUCUCCUCUGAGCCCGGCCCUGUGCCGCGCUUCACCGCCCAACAGAACUCUGAAACUGUCCCAGAAUCCUCCUCACACAUCAGGCACAUGGCCAUGUCCCAGCACAGCCACAACCUCCUCAAGUUCCUGAAUGAAGACCGAACCCGCCAAAGGUUCUGCGACGUGUCGGUGUCUGUGUGUGGGAAGCUUUACAGCGCCCACAAGGUGGUGUUGGCUCAUGGGAGCAGUUAUUUCCACGCAGAGCUCUCAAAAAACCCUGCCACAGCGCACGUGACUCUGGACCAUGUGGAGGACUCUGUUUUCCAACUCCUGCUUGACUUUUUGUACACCUCUGAGUGCGUUGUUGCAGAGACAGACCUCCCGAAUCUAGCUGAAGCGGCACGAUUCUUAGACAUGAUGGAUAUACUCAAGCUGCUGUGUGAGGAAGGGGACCCAAUCUGUGUGGUACACGCUCAGGAUGAGAUAGGAGGGUCUCCUGAGGUGGAAAUGACCUCCAUCGACUCACCUCCGAGUGACACAGACAUCCAGAGCCCAUGUGAUGUUUGUUUCAUGGAAAACCCCUCUCAGGGCCGCUUGUCUGAGAGUCACACUGAUGCACAGCAGGACAUCUCGACUGAGAAAGAGAAGACGGCGGCGACUACGCGCAGAUCGGCUCGCAGGAGGAGAACACCCACCAAGUAUCAGAGAGACAAUGUCAUCACCACUUCUAAGGAAAAACAAAGGACUGUAGUGCAGAGAGCUGAAGGAAGAAUAAAAGAAGCAGGAAAGCUGGAGUUGGAAAAACAAGCGCCUAAACUGGACGUAGCAGAGAUAUCUCAACCAGGAGACAUAGUGGACGAGGAAGUGGAGGAAGAGGAGAGAGACAUGAAUGAGGCCGUGGUCACCCAGAGUGAAGACAAGAGCGCAGGGCAGCAGGGUGCAGAUGAAGAAAGGGUGGUGCAGCAGGCGGGUGGAGAGGUGGAAGUGCAUGCACCAGCACCAGCAGCAGCUGGAAGCUCCACCAAGAGUCGAGUUUAUCCUGAAGGUCUGGCUCCGGUCAUCAUCAAAACCUCCACCAAGAAGAUCCUCAAGUGCCCCAAAUGUGACAAGACCUUCGACCGAGCAGGAAAGUAUGAGAGUCACACCAGAGUGCACACAGGAGAGAAACCGUUCCAGUGUGACAUCUGUCUGCAGCGCUACUCCACCAAGUCCAACCUGACCGUCCACAAGAAGAAGCACGCCAGCGAUGCCCCCUUCCAGAAGAAGGAGCACAAAUGCCCCUUCUGUAACAAACUCCAUGCCAGCAAGAAGACCCUGGCCAAGCACGUGAGGAGGUUUCAUCCAGACCACAUCCAAGAGUUUCUCACCAAGAGGAAGAGGAAGAGUGAAGUCUGGAAAUGUGCUAUCUGUCUGAAGACCUUCACCCGCAAGCCUCAUCUGCAGGAGCACAUGAUCCUCCACACGCAGGACCGGCCCUUUAAAUGCUCCUUCUGCGACGAAUACUUCAGGUCCAGGUUUGCCAGGCUGAAGCACCAAGAGAAGUUCCACUUAGGUCCUUUUCCCUGUGAGAUUUGUGGGCGCCAGUUUAAUGACACCGGCAACAGAAAGAGGCACAUUGAGUGCACGCAUGGAGGAAAGAGGAAGUGGACCUGCUUUGUUUGUGGGAAAUCUGUGCGGGAAAGGACAACGUUGAGAGAGCACUUGAGGAUCCACAGUGGGGAGAAGCCUCACCUCUGUAGUAUCUGUGGCCAGAGUUUCCGUCAUAGCAGCUCCUACAGGCUCCAUCUCAGAGUGCACCACGACGAUAAGCGCUAUGAGUGUGACGAAUGUGGGAAAACCUUCAUACGCCACGAUCACCUGACCAAACAUCAGAAAAUACACUCUGGUGAGAAGGCCCACCAAUGUGAAGAAUGUGGAAAGUGCUUCAGACGCCAUGAUCACCUGACGGUCCACUACAAAAGUAUUCAUUUGGGGGAGAAAGUCUGGCAGAAAUAUAAAACGGCUGUGCAUCAGUGUGAGGUUUGCAAGAAAGAAUUCAAAGGAAAGUCCAGUCUAGAAAUGCACUUCAGGACACACUCAGGAGAGAAACCCCACAGAUGUCCCGAGUGCAACCAGACAUUUCGUAUAAAGAAGACCCUGACGAAGCACAUGGUGAUCCACUCUGACGCUCGUCCCUUUAACUGCCCCCAAUGCAGCGCCACCUUUAAAAGAAAAGACAAGCUCAAGUACCACGUCGACCACGUGCACAGCGUUCGCUUCUCUGAGCAGCCCCUCGGCACGGACAAAAUGAUCUCCCUUCCUUUUGAGGAGUCCUCUAAGGGAUACCACGCCGAACCCAAGCCAGUCCUCCAGAGCCCGCCUCGUCCUGCUAACGUCUGCGUACCCGUCACUUUGGUUCCUGUGCGGGUGGCGGGAGGAGCACAGGAUCCCACCACUCUCUCCUCCCAAACUCACAGUGUUGUGAGCAUGCAGGGGCAGCAGCAGAACUCAAGCUACCAGGCUGCUACAGAUCUGGCUUUCUUGGAAAAGUACACCCUCACUCCGCAGCCGGCCAACGUCGUGAGGGCCGAUCAGAUGCUGGACCCCCGGGAGCAGUCCUACCUCGGCACCCUGCUGGGACUGGACUCUGCUUCCUCUGUGCAGAACAUCUCCAACUCUGAUCAUUCACACUGACAGACUAAAACUGGACCUUUAACGCACAAACUUUAAUUUAAUAAGAACUGAAGCUACAGUAUUCACCACUGAAAUACAGACGGCAUUAAUUCUUCGUCCAUUUAAAUUAAUUACACUUAUAACACAAAGUAUUCUGGUGAAGCACAGGAUAGCCUGAUCUCAGGUAAUUUCUGCCUCUCAAAAUAAAUGUAUUUGUGUGAGCUGUACAAAAAGAAGAGAAAUUCAUAAGUUGUAAUUGUCUUUGUUGUUGUUUCUAUUAAGUGAAAUUAUGACAAAUCUCAUCGCAACUCUAUAAAACUGAAGAACAGUUGUAGUAAAUGUUUUUGUACCAGUUAUUAUGAGAUGACAACAAACUUUAAAUGUUACAAAUACCAAGGCUUGCCCCUUUCUUCAGGGUGUAAAAUUACAUUUCUGUUUUAAAAGCUGGUGGAUUUCUUUGGUCUCACAGAAUAACCUGCCUUUUUAAGGAUUUACCAUUUUUCAUGGUAUUCAUGUUUUUUUUUUAAGGAAUCUGUUGAUUGGCGGACCAGUAAUUGAUGACAAUUUCUGAUUAACUAAUGUGUAGUAAAGCAAAGGUUUCACUCAUACAACGUUCAUAUGAGAUUAGAGGUUGAUGAAUUUGCAAGAUAAAAACUUUAAAGUGAAAUCAGUAAUGACAUUACAAGUGGUCAAUUGUGUAUUUGAGUGCUUUGACAGUUACAUUAAUUGUUGGUUAAGUUUCAAACCAUUCAAACUCACAUUCUAAAACAGUGGGGGUGCUCCCCUCAAACUUUGUCAUGAUCAAUAAAAUCUAUUUGAAAA